UUAUAGGGUGAAGCGAUCAAUUUAUUAUAUUUUUCAAUGGAUGGGGAGGUUUUAGUUAUUUCUCAAACUGGAGAAAAUAUCCCAGUAAAUAUGGAAAACUCUAGGGGUAGUUAUUGCAAUUUAUCCUAAAACGUAAGAAAUAAAAAUAAUAAAACCAAUAGAAAAGAUAUACGAGGGUUUUGGAGGGUUUAUCAUACAAAUUCGCUCGAUUCAUAUUUCAUUCCUCCUAUCUCGUGAAUUUUUCCUCGAUUCUUCGCGUACUUAUUAGUGUCGACGACUGGAUGUAUUUCGAUCUUAUGACUUCAGUUUCUCUCGCGAAUUUCUUCGAACAAUUUGAUGUCCUGCAGUAAAAUCCCCAUUUAUCCCUUUGUAGAGAUUGAUCACUGUAUUCCAAUUGAUAAACCUGCAAAGUUUCGACCAAACCCUUCAAAGAUUCACACAGUUAUGUGGAGAAACAUUGCCAAGUUAGUCUCUUUCAAAACCCUACCGAGGAAUUCGCUGAAUACCCACUCUUUCCCUCGCGCCCGCAGUUUUCUCAGGGUUUCCAGAGAUUCAAAUUUUCCCGAUAAGGUCAGGCUCGGGAUCUUCGAGAUGGGUUCUUGCCCUAACACUGGAUUUCACGAAAUGAAUUUUCUUGGAGCUGGAGAAUUCGCGCCCGGCAAUCAGUUUCUGGGGAGACUCACUCGUGGUUGUUCCAGAAGCCAAGCGAGUGUUUAUGGAUUGUGUCCAAAAAGCUAUGCAAGCGUCGCUGAGGCCGUUCGAGUGUCCUCAACCGAUGUGGAGGACGAGGUUCAGGAGUUACCGAAUGAGCUAAGGGAAGAAGAGAAAAGGGACACGAACUUUAGGCGGCGGAGGAUGGAGAGGGGAAUGAGUUAUGGGAAGUAUCAGCGGCUACGGAGGCGGCAGGUGAAGAUAGAGACAGAGGCUUGGGAACAGGCCGCGGAGGAAUACAAGGAGCUUCUAAAGGACAUGUGCGAGAAAAAGUUGGCUCCAAAGUUGCCAUAUAUGAAGUCAUUGUUUCUCGGUUGGUUUGAGCCUCUGCGGGAUAAAAUUGCCGCUGAGCAGGGAUUAUGCCAGCAGGGGAAGUUUAAAACCGCUUACGCUCCGUAUAUUGAUCAGUUACCAGCUGAUAUGAUGGCAGUUAUCACAAUGCAUAAGCUGAUGGCGUUGAUGAUGGUCGGUGGCCAUUCUGCCGAGUAUGGCAGUGUGAGAGUUGUACAAGCUGCUUGCACCAUAGGCGAUGCUAUUGAGCAAGAGGCAAGGAUACACAAAUUUUUGGCAAAAAGAAAAAAGAAAAUGGUUGAUAAUGCAAAUGCACCAAAUACUGAAGGAGAUGAUUCUAGUACUAAAGUGCAAAAACAAGAAAAACUAAGAAAAACAGUCAGGAAUUUGUUGAAAAAACAGAAGCUGGUUGCAGUACAGCGGAUUUUGAAGGAACAUGCCAAAUCACAACCUUGGAGCCAGGACGUUAAAGCUAAGGUUGGAAGCCGUCUAAUUGAGUUACUGAUAGAAACUGCCUAUGUACAGCCUGCGGUUGAUCAGUUGACUGAUGUCCCACCUAAUGUUCAACCUGCAUUUGUACACACAUUCAAAACUGUAGUAAAAGAAGCAAACAGGAACACGGGCAAAAGAUAUGGUAUUAUCAAAUGUGAUCCUCUAGUUGUCAAGGGCCUGGAGAGAACUGCCAGACACAUGGUGAUUCCUUACAUGCCAAUGUUGGUGCCUCCACUCAAAUGGAGAGACUAUGACAAGGGAGCACACUUGUUCUUACCAUCCUAUGUAAUGCGCACACAUGGAUCAAGACAACAACGUGAAGCGGUUAAGAGGGCUCACAAGAAGCAACUAGAGCCAAUUUUUGAGGCCUUGGACACACUUGGGAGUACUAAAUGGAGGGUAAACAAAAGGGUUUUUAGCAUUGUAGAUAGGAUAUGGGCUAGUGGAGGUCAUCUUGCUGAUAUGGUUGACCGCAGUAAUAUACCUUUACCAGAGAAACCAGAUACAGAAGAUGAAUCUCUGCUCAGGAAGUGGAGGUGGAGAGCUAAGUCUGUGAAAAAGGAAAAUGCAGAGAGACAUUCGCAGCGAAGUGAUUUGGAACUUAAACUUGCUGUAGCACAGAAAAUGAAAGAUGAAGAGGGUUUCUUCUAUCCUCACAACCUGGACUUUCGAGGUCGUGCAUACCCUAUGCAUCCAUACUUAAACCAUCUUGGUUCAGAUUUGUGCCGCGGGAUUCUAGAAUUUUCUGAGGGACGCCCUCUUGGAAUGUCAGGCUUACGCUGGCUGAAGAUACACUUGGCUAAUCUUUUUGGUGGUGGUGUGGACAAAUUGUCUUAUGAAGGUCGAAUAGCAUUUGCGGAGAAUCACUUGGACGAUAUCUUUGACUCUGCAGAUCAACCUCUUGAAGGAAGGCGGUGGUGGUUAAAUGCAGAAGAUCCAUUUCAGUAUUUAGCUGCAUGCAUUAAUCUAUCUGAUGCUCUGAGAAGCUCAUCCCCAGAGGCAACCAUUUCUCAUAUUCCUGUGCACCAGGAUGGUUCCUGCAAUGGCCUACAGCACUAUGCAGCCCUUGGAAGAGACAAGUUGGGUGCAGUUGCAGUCAAUUUGGUGGCUGGGGAGAAUCCUGCUGAUGUCUACUCAGGCAUUGCUGCUAGAGUUCUUGAUAUAGUGAGGAAGGAUGCUCAGAAAGAUCCUGCAAUAUUUCCCAAUGCACUGCAUGCAAAGAUUUUAGUUAAUCAGGUUGACAGGAAAUUAGUGAAGCAGACAGUAAUGACAUCCGUUUACGGUGUCACUUACAUUGGUGCUCGGGAUCAGAUCACAAGAAGGUUGAAGGAGCGGCAUGCCAUUGAAGAUGAUGCUGAACUCUUUGGUGCAGCUUGUUAUGCCGCAAAAACCACGUUGACUGCAUUGGAAGAAAUGUUUCAAGCAGCUCGUAGCAUCAUGAACUGGCUUGGUGACUGUGCAAAGAUAAUUGCAUCUGAGAACCAGCCAGUGCGGUGGACAACUCCACUUGGACUUCCUGUGGUGCAGCCUUAUUGUCAAGCGGGAAGACAUCUUGUCAAGACCUCUCUGCAGGUUUUAUCACUACAGCGGGAAACGGAAAGGAUCAUGGUCAAGCGGCAGAAGACAGCUUUCCCUCCAAAUUUUGUUCACUCGCUUGAUGGUUCGCAUAUGAUGAUGACUGCAGUUGCCUGCAAAAGAGCAGGCUUAAACUUUGCAGGGGUUCAUGAUUCAUAUUGGACGCAUGCUUGUGACGUGGAUGAAAUGAAUAGGAUACUACGAGACAAGUUUGUGGAACUCUAUGAAACACCCAUACUGGAGAAUUUAUUGGAGAGCUUUCAGAAGUCUUUCCCUUUGUUAUGUUUUUCCCCUUUGCCCGAACGGGGAGAUUUUGACCUGAGAGACGUUUUAGAGUCGCCCUACUUCUUCAACUGAUUCGGACUGAGAGUGAGAGCUCCUCUUCAUCUCACUUGUACCACAACACAAACUCUGCAGAUAUUUCACGAUUUCUGGUCUUCCACUUUGCUUCUGUUAAGGAGCAUGGCAAUGAAAGAGGGCAUUGCUCUAUAUCUGCUAGAGACUUAAGGCAUGGUCGCAUUUCGUUAUGUUGAGAUGUCCUUAAGCAAUAAGAAGCUCUCUCCAGGGUAUAAUGCUACUAUGCUCAUUCCCAUCUGGGGCUGGAAACUGUAGAAUUCCCUGUACAUGCAGUUAACAAAAAGAUUAUACAGCAGAGAGUUCCUGCUCUGAGAUGAAGAUCUGCUAAAGCCGGAUAGCUGGCCAACAAUCUUUCAAGGGUUGAUAAAAGGCACAAUUAUGCAACAAUGGACGUUCUCCUUUGGCAAUUGAAAAGCCUAGCUUCUUCCUCAACUUCUGAGAAUAAGCUGACCAUUGAACUUCUGAAAGUACUCGCUCGGACGCAUUCGGGCUGGCUGAACUAGCAUUCAAGAACUGCAAUUUACUGCCACCGGAGAGGUGUUAGUAUUGCAGCUUUUUUUUUUUUUCGAAUUAUUGUCACUGCAGGAUUUGUAUAGCUACGUGGUGUCAUGUCUGUGUCUUAACUAGUUGUAAAUACUAUAUGCUUUUCCUUUGAUGUAAAUUUCGGAUGGGAAUUGCAGCA